GGAAGUGCCAGAAAAAGCCGAUAUUGAGGAGAGCAGGCAUCAGGAAUCAUCGGACUGACCGGAGUUCUGCUGGUUUGGACUCACUGGCAGCGGAACCGAGGCGUUCGGACCAGAGGAAGUUCCAGCAAACACCUGACCACUCUUCUCCCUCCUCCGUGCUUUAGCGCAGGGAUGGCGCCGCGUAUUGAUGACGUCAUGCGGCUGUGCUGUGAGCUGUCGGCUCAUGAUCAGAUCAAAGUGGCGGUGAAAAGCUCGGCCAAAGGAGCGGCAGUGGCGGGGGGCACCGCGUUUGUCGGGGGGCUGCUGGCUGGACCUGCAGGGAUCGCUGUCGGUGGAGCGGUGGGGGGUCUGCUGGGCAGCUGGAUGACCAGCGGUCAGUUCAGGCCUCUGCCUCAGAUCCUGAUGGAGCUUCCUCCGCAGCAGAGGCAGCAGCUCUACGCACAGAUAAACAACUUGCUGGGCAGCCUGGACUGGAUGGACGCCGCGCAGCUCGUCGCGCUGGUUAUGGGGAACGCCACGCUGCAGCAGCAGGUCACUGCCGCCCUCAUCAGCUACGUAACCAAGGAGCUCAGAGCCGAGGUCAGAUACGGGGACUGAACUUCAUGAGGGAGGAUGGACAACCUGGGAACAAUUUUUUAAAUUGUAUUGAUUCUGAAUGUUUAACAUUAGGGUGAUGGGACGGAGGCUUUCCAGCCUGAAAGACUUUGAGCCAGAAAGCUGCUCAGCCAUUAGGAAGCAUUUAAUGAGUCUUAUUUUUCUAAAUAAACUGAAACAUGUUUUAGUUUCUCUCUGAAAUCUGAAUAAAAACAUUAUUUCUUAAAUCUAUGAGUCUGUUAUUAAUCCACAGAUGGAGGCAGCCUGUCACUCCAGCCUUCAUCCACUAGAUGGCAGUAAAACUCAACACAUGUUUGGAGUUAUUUCGUUUUUUCUUCAAAACUUUAUAUGGAAAAACCCUCAAAGAGUGACAUGAUAUCCAACCAGCAGCUCCUGUCUCAUUUCCAGCACAUUUGUUUCCUUUAUUUUCAGGCACAUAAAGCGAGGAGUAAGGCACCUUUAAUGAAGGAAGAACAAAAUGCCUCUGAUGAGUUUCACUUGUUAAC